UCAUCAGAGGUGUUGACAAAGUCUGCACUGUCCAGACACUUCUGUCUCCAUACACAGUCCCUCCUCCCCCUCUUUCACCUCUCUUCCCCUUUUCCUUCGCUCCAGCCCUCACUAGCCCAUGCAUCAGGAGCUCUGGAGACUCCCAGUACAGUCAUCCUCCUCACAGACACAGGAAACAUCAUGGCCAACUGCAGCAGCAUCUCCAGACUCGUCCUCAUGGCCCUCCUCGGCCUCUGGGUAGCCACCCUCCACUCAGAGACUGUGGCAGACCCCACACCCACUUUACAAGGGGACAACCAGGACACGCUGUCCGGAGAGGGGGCAUAUGAAGUCACCACCAAAGACCCCUUCCAGGAUAUGACAGAGAGUGUGUUGACCUUCGAAUACGAGGACACCACCCACUCACAGGCCGUGGACGAGGAGGAAAGUGUUCUGGGCCCUGGCGCCAUCACAGCCAUCGUCAUCGCAGUCGUCCUGGGGGCUUCAGUCCUCCUCGCCCUCAUCGUCAUCACACUCAGGAAGUUUACUGCUUCCUAGAGCCACUUCCUCUUUCUUUCGAUCUCUCUUUCACUUUGUCACUUCUAUUCAUCUAUCUUUAUUGUUUUUCCCAUUCUCUAAAUGUUCUCACGUUCCCUCCGUUUCCCUUAUACACACAUAUUGUGAAAGUGAAACCCUCUACAACCUUGGAUGCUAUAAUGGUAUGUGGCAGGUCCCUUUGGCCUUGAAGAGCAACUGACAAUGAAAUACCUUCAGACUCUAGCUACUAUAAUCAUGCUGUUCUUGUUGGCGCACAUGUCCACUAUUACAUUGUCAAUUGGAGGCUAUGUGAAAAUGUACCUUAAGUGGAAGUUAGAAUUUGUCCCUAAGAGGACAUUAGAGACUGGCAGGUUCUUCCAGUGUAAAGUCAUAGCUCUAAUACGAUUGAAUAGUGAAAAAUAAAAUCCCUUUUAUUUACUUUACUUGUAAUGAUCUGUAGUUGAUAAUUGUGUGCCCAAAUGUUUUGUCGAGCUUUGAUUUGUUUUUGCUGAUUUUUGUAGGAGUAAUUUUUUUCUGACGGUUAUGUUGUGUGUUGCUGUAUCCUGUCUGUCUGUCUGUCUUUGUGUAUGAACGGGUGUGAUGAGUGUCUUUGUGAAGAUGAAUCCACCAUGUUCAUUACGUUGCUGAGUGCCUACUCAUUUGGUUCAAAGUGAAGUGUUAUUAACAGUAGAAUGAAAAAUGAAAUGAUUUACCAAAUGUAUUAUACAGAAUUCACUUAUAUGAUCAAAUGUUAUUUUGAAUGAUCAUAUCUCACGAGAUCACAUUUUCACAAUGCACACAAUGUGCUACCUUUUAUUGGCAAGUAGUUUUUAUUUAUUUAAGAAACGUUUGCCAUUUUCCAUUGGAACGAACAUAUUGAUAGUGACCCAAAACUAUAAUAUUUUAAGAUGAAAAUGCUGGCGUCGUCAAUAAAUAAACAGGGUCAUUUGUUUGUUUUUACCUGCAAAGCAAAUAUUAACCUUGCGUAUAAAACGAUAGAAUGACUGUUGUGUUUGUCUGUUUGAUGUGGUUUUGGGGGGGAUUGAUGGGAAGCGUUGUAUAAUAUUUUUGAUUUUCUCUGUAUUACUCUUGCGUUUUACCAAUCAACUAACUAAUGCUUAUGUAAAACAAAUAUUCUUUAAGGUAAUAUCACCUGUUUGAACUAUGUUUUAUAUUGUAUAAAUCA